UCGGGGUAUGCGUUGAGCUUGUGGCAUCCUCUUUUCCCUGGGCUGGGAUGGUUGAAUCGAAGGCGUUGGAGGUUCCCCAAGUGACCGGUGGCAGCCGCGAUGAGAGCUCCGGCCCUCGCCUGAUGCCUCUCCUGCUGAUAAAAAUGAUCAACAAGUCUCGAGGGAAGAUACUCGGGGUGCUGGCGCUGUUUCUGGUGAUGGUUUGGUACUCGAUCUACCGGGAAGACAGCUUUUAUUUCCCCGUGCAAGAAAACAAGACCAUGUGUCCCCUCGGGGAGGUGGAGAGGAAAGCGGCACAGCUCAUCGGGAACUACACGAGGGACCACCCGCUCUUCUUGCAGCUGAAGGACUAUUUUUGGGAGAAGACACCGUCGCUCUACGAGCUGCCCUACGGCACCAAAGGAAGCGAAGAUGUCCUCCUGCGCUUGCUGUCCAUCACCCACUACUCCCUGCCCGAGAGCAUCCAGAGCCUGAAGUGCCGGAGGUGCGCGGUGGUGGGCAACGGCCACCGGCUCCGCAACAGCUCCAUGGGGGAGACCAUCAACACGUACGACGUUGUCAUCAGGUUGAACAACGCCCCGGUCCACGGUUAUGAGCAGGACGUGGGCUCCAAGACCACAAUGCGCCUCUUCUACCCAGAGUCAGCCCACUUCAACCCCAGGACGGAGAACAACCCUGACACGUUGCUGGUGCUGGUGCCCUUCAAGCCCAUGGACUUCCAGUGGAUGGAGGCCAUCCUCAACGACAAGAAGAGGGUUCGGAAAGGGUUUUGGAAACAGCCCCCAUUGAUCUGGGAUGCCAACCCCGAGCAAGUACGCAUCCUCAACCCUUAUUACAUGGAAGUAACUGCUGCUAAACUGCUCAACCUCCCCAUGAAGCAACCACGAAAGGUCAAACAGAAGCCCACCACGGGGUUGUUGGCCAUCACCUUGGCACUACACUUCUGCGACCUGGUGCACAUUGCAGGCUUUGGCUACCCCGAUUCAGCCAACAAGAAACAGACCAUUCACUACUAUGAGCAGAUCACACUCAAGUCCAUGGCGGCGUCGGAGCACAAUGUCUCUCAUGAGGCGGUGGCCAUCAAGCGGAUGCUGGAGCUGGGUCUCGUCAAGAACCUCACCUACUUCUGAGGCCACCGGGGCUGCGCAGGGACAGCGUCCCCCACCCUGGAGAGGGGACACCGCGCCAUCACGGCCACAACCGGCUGAGGGCAGAGCGUCCUGGCCACCUCCUGGCCCUGGGACUCCUGGAGCGAGCGGGGCUGGGACUGGGGAGGCCGUGCUGGUCCGCGGGUCCCCCUGGGGGUUGGGGGGCGCAGGGAGCCCCAUAGGGGUGGGCCCAGGCAGCGCCCCCCCCUCCUCCUCUUUCUAUCCACGCACUGAAGCUGCCAAGAACCCUGGAGAGGGGGUUUUUGGGGUGGGGGAGUCCUCCCUCCCAGCGGGCCUGGGGGGGUCCAAGGUGGAGGCAGGAGCCCUCACCCUGGAUUUUUCUCUUUCUAUUAAUUCCCUCGUAUUUGGACGAGGGCCCCGCCCAGGGGCCGAUCUUGGGGGUCCCGGGACCCCCCCCAGGGAGCAGGAGCCUUUUGGGGGCCCACGUUGCCUCCUCCCUGCCCUGGACCCCCCCCCCCCCCCCCUUUAUUUUUCCC